GGCUAUAAAGUUGUUCUGAUGACCGCGCGCCCGUCUCAGAAACACUCCACCCUUUAACGAAUCGACCAGCUUUCACGCCAUGAAAUUACAUGUUUUAUUAUUAACGGCACUUCCCAUGUGCCUGGCUGAAUUCACAAUCCAGGGGCCUAGUGACGGACAUCGACGGGCUCAGGGUCUUAAGUUCAGCGAAGAGAAAGGAAUAGAAUACACAGACGCGAGUGAGGGAGGGGGACCAGGAGAUUUCACCAUUCAAGGUGCGACUGACGGUAAUAGUAACUUCAAGAUUCAAGGUGCUACGGAUGGGCAUUCAAAUUUCCAGAUUCAAGGGCCUUCAGAUGGUGGAUCGGCCACUUACAAUGUACAAGGACCGAUCGAUCGAUACGGUCAGCCUACAUAUCAGGAAGAUUACUCUAAUCAGGGUAUCAAUGCAAAGGCGCUCCAGUAUAACGAUCCUAGCGGUUAUAGAGUAAACUGGAGGUCGUAUGAUCGUCAAGCACGUCCUCAAGCUCAGGCAGAACCGCAAUAUGUGCAAGCUGCGGAACCAAUUGCACGACCAGCUGCGCCCCGACAACGAGUGCAACAACCGCGAGUACAACCUCAAGAGCAACCGGAACCACAGCCAAAUUAUAGGCCUUACUCUAAUGCACCGCCACAGAUCCAGCAACUGCUCCAGUUCCAGCAGCAAAUUCCGUACAUCAAUAUAAUUCCGGAACCAUACAGAUUCGACGAAGAAGCCGCAGUGCGAGCUCAAUCUCAACAGGUCCAGGAACAUCUCAAGAAGUUGGUGCAAGAGGCAGCGACUGCCCCUUUACCUGAUCCCGUGGUCGCGUCUGCACCUCGUCAAAAGUCACGCGGCCACUCCAGGAGCAAACGUCAGGCUCAACAAUACAAUAAAAUAUCCCAGCCGCCGGCGGAACCGCAACCUCAAUAUUCACCCAAUCUGCCAUCUCACUUGCGCGAAUUGCUGAGAUAUCAGGCGCAAACCCCGUACAAUAUAAUUGCUAAUCAGAUCGUAUAUCGUCCGGAGAAGCCAUACGUGCCGCACCCCGUGGACGCGUGA